AUGGAUUUAACAUUUAUCAAUCUCUCUCAUAGUCAAUCCAUAACUCAAAUUCCUGAUUUGUCUGGAGCUAAAAACUUAAGAGUGUUAGCAGUUGAUAAAUGCCAUAAACUGGUAAGGUUUGAUAUAUCCAUUGGAUUUAUGCCUAAUCUGGUUUAUUUAAGUGCUUCUGGAUGCAAUGAGCUCAAAGGUUUUGUGCCAAAAAUGUAUCUUUCCUCCCUUCAAGUGCUUUCAUUUAAUUACUGCAAAAAGUUUGAACACUUCCCCCAUGUAAUGAAAAAGAUGGAUACACCAUUAAAGAUUCACAUGAUAAAUACCGCCAUUAAGAAGUUUCCAAAUUCUAUUGGCAACCUUACAGGGCUUGAGUUUAUAGACAUGUCAUUUUGCAAAGGGCUGAAAGAUCUAUCAAAUAACUUCUUAUUGCUUCCAAAACUGAUCACUAUGAAAAUUGAUGGAUGCUCUCAAAUUGGAGAAUCAUUUCAACGGUUGAAAGAGUGCCAUUCAGUUGCAAACAGCUAUUCAAAUUUAGAAACACUUCAAUUUAGUGAGGCUAAUCUAUCGUAUGAAGAUGUUAAUGCCAUUAUUGAAAAAUUCCCAAAAUUGAAAGACUUGAAAGUUUCGCACAAUGGGUUUGUAGCCCUCCCAGAGUGCAUCAAAGGAUCUGUGCACUUGAAAAGCCUUGAUGUGAGCUUUUGCAUGAAUCUUACUGGAAUUCCAGAACUUCCAUUUAGUAUUCAUAAAAUAGAUGCAACACACUGUCCAUCCUUAACUUUAGAGGCAUCAAGGGUGCUCUGGUCCAAGGUAUCACAAGAGAUCCAACGAACAAAAGUAGUUAUGCCGAUGCCGAAAAGGGAAAUUCUAGAAUGGUUUGACUGUGCUAGUACUCAAGAGAUUCCGGUUUUAUGGGCUCGCCGGAAGUUUCCCGUUUUUGCUUUAGCAUUAGUUCUAAAGCAAGACCAUGAAGAUUCUGCAGAGGAUGUGAUUCAAGUAGUAGAGAUGAUAAAAGAGAAUUUUUUAGAACAUUUUAUUGAUUUAUCUCCUGAAGAUCUUCAAAUUGCAAGCUUGGCUGCCGAAAGAAUAUUGAGGGCACAGGUAGAAUUAAUGGAGGAAAAUAGCUUGGACAUCGGUAUGCCUAUUAUUCUAGAGUAUACAUAUGCACCGGGAGCUACACAUCGACGCUUUUACAAACCAGUGUUCAAGAGGCAAAACCAACUUUCUUUUGAACUUGGGAUCUCUGACCUGAGGGUAAUCAUUGUUGAAUUGAAAUGCCAGACUGCAGGUGAAGAGGAAGCUCCAAGCUCUUCCCUUGAAGAAUCCUUGGAGGAUGUAAACUACGAUCCUGAAUUGGAAGAGUUACUGACGAUGAUAGAGCAAGAUGCUAUGAGAUUCAAUAAAUCUUGUGGGAAAAUGAAGGCAUCUAUUGUUAAAACUGUUGAGCCAAUCUCUGAAAGUUAUCUAUUGGAAACAUUAAUCUGCAUGAGACUAAUGACCUCGGGAAAUUUGACAAUGUUUGGAUCAGCUACGAAGUUCAAGAUCACGCCUUAUGGGAAAAUGAGGGCGGAGGAUGAACCUUUUCGCAUACCGAGCAAAUGUUUCUGGGGUUUGUGCUAUGCUCUUAUUGCUCUAAUUAUAUGGUUAUUUUAUUUCAUUUUGUGUGUGUGUCCUUAUUUUGAUAGGAUACCAAUAAUAAGGAAGUUAUUAGUGUGGGGUUGGUGGCUUGUCAAGCAAAUGUUUUUGUCUUGUAAAAAAUUAUGCAGAGGAUUUGGCACGAUCAGUAAGAGAGUAAAAGAGAAGGAAUUAUAG